AUGUGGUAUUAUAAUAGUAAAAUAUAUAUCUUUCUAAUUCUAGCUACUCAACUAGUGUCGUAUUGUUAUGCCCAAGAAUGCUCCAAUUUAAACCUUACCGUUCUUGAUAAGCAUGAUGGGUUUUCGGGUUUUUUUUGGCAAUACAUAUCUGAAGAUGAGUGGCCCACCACGCACGAUUAUCUCCUACGUUAUAUGACACAAGCUAAUGUGGAUGAAAUCGGCUAUGUAAACUCCGUUUCUGAUUUAAAUUUUCAGAUAGAGCCUCUCACUGAUGGUUCGUCAGAUACUGUUACCCUAUUCAAUAAUGAGAUAAACGCUUCUAAUUUCACUUUAUCUGUUACUGGUAAUUUUAUCCCAAAAAUUACUGGGGAUUAUACCUUUAGUAUAACUGCUGAUGAUGCAGCCAUGAUGAUGAUAGUAUCGGAUUUAAGCUUUUAUUGCUGUAAUGAUGUUACACUAUCCUCAGACGACCCAAUUAAAUCAAUGAUGGAUCUGAUGGAGAAGUACUACAAUCUCAUCGAAUAUACAGGAUCAACAAACGACGCUGAUGAAAUAACUCUUUCUUUAACAGCAGAUCAGGUAGUACCACUUGGAGUGGUAGUUAUAAAUAGAUCAGAAGGUUCGAUGUUCAAUUUAACAAUUACUGAUCCAAAUGGCGAGUCAUUUUCAGACUUAAAUGGUUAUGUGUUUGAUAUAGAUGAAGAUAUUAGUUGUAAUAAGGAGACAGCUAUUACAGAGACAGCUAGUGUCGAAACUAAAACGACAUAUUCUUCUACUACGAUUACCACUUUGGCAAAUGUGUUGGGUCUACCUGAAUACCAAACAACGUACUACGUACAGGUUCCUUUUUCUGCUCUUUUAAGUAUCUCUUCAGCGAGAUCAUCUUCGGCGGUUAUUUCUAGUUCUACUAGCAAUUCUGAAUUUUCCUCCACUGUUGUUUCGAGUUCAACAGAAAGUUCUGGGUUGGAAACUAGUUCCAUGCAGAGCUUAACGUUAAGUUCUUAUUUAUCGUCAAGCGUUAUCUCAAGUUCAACAGAAAGUACUAGUAUUUCAUUCAAUUCCUUAUCGAGUUCUGGAAUUGCCUCAUUAGAACCUUCUUCUAGUACUAAGUCUAAUUCAAUAGUUAGUUCAACAAUUAAUUCAGAUAUUUCCUCAACUGCUAUAUCUGAUUCGGUAGUUAGCCUAGACAUUUCUUCUAGUAGCAUAACAUAUCUAGUGUCCAGUUCAGUUCAAUCAUCCGUAAAUUUAUUCAGUUCAACCAUAGAUUCAAGCAUUGUGUCCGCUUAUGCCCCAAGCUCAACAUUAAGUUCUGCGGUUUCUUCCAAUAUUGCGUCGACUUUAACUCAAAGCUCAAAUGUAACAUCAGAUUCCAUGUCAAGUUCGACGACUGGCACAGCAUAUUUUAAUUCUUCCAAAGUCAUUUCAUCAGUAUCGACAUUUUCUGAUGUUAUGACUGAAUCCUCAGCAAUUAUUCUAACAUCCAAAGGGGAAUCUUCUGGAAAUAGCAAGACCACUGUAACAAUCCCAUGUAGUUCUGGCCAUUGUCAAACAAUAUCUACACAAUCUACGAAAGUCAUCACAGAAGCUUCUAUCCUAACCUCGACAAUUACUAAACUAUGUUCCGUCACACAUUCGAAUUCUAUAGAAGUUGUAACUGCCACUUAUAUCACUAAGAUGACCACUGUUGCUACAUAUCUAAAUUGUCAAGGUGGUUGUUCGACCAGUGUACUAACAACUAUAUGGCCUGAGAGUUUGGAUGAUUCGGUGGUACCAGAAAUAACGGGGUCGGAAUGUACUUCAAGUAGCUCCUACGUAGUCAAGCUUAAUGAAAAUAGGGGUACGAAACCUAUAUUUGAUGUGUUUGCAAUUGCAAUCACUAUAAUAUCUGCAUUGACAUUUUUGUAG